AUGCAGGUUCCAAUCACCGCCUCUGACCUCGUCGCCCCCAAUGCCGGGUUGCGUGUCUGGGACUUGGAUGAGACUCUAGAUCACGGCAGCCUUCGCCGUGGACGACAACAAGCUGUUCUCAUCGGCAAGGUCAGACGGAGGUGGCGUGCCCUGCAAACUCGAGACAAACCGGAGCUUUUAGCAUUCUUAUCGUACAUUCCCACGACUCCUAACCGCCGAAACACGCACAUAUUCUCCUCCACCGGGGGAUAUCUCGGGGGUCUCUGGCUGGCAGACCCAUCGUUUAUCACGCGUCAAAUGUUCUACGACCUGACUGGACGGAUUAUCCGGUUACCACGCCCCAACCAGCGUUUCCGGAUUUAUCACCUGAAUGAGAACAACAGCACUGGAAUGCUUUUGAGAAAUGACCACGACGAAGUCCGGCCGGGGCGCUACGUCAUCAUGAGCAGCACUGGUCGAGACGUUCCGGCGACAAUCACAUCAGAACAACCAAUUCGGCGUAUACCAUCAACUGAUAGCUCAAGGGACCAACGGACAAACCAGAGGCAUUUUAGGGACGGGCUACAAGCACGCGACGAACAUUGUGUUAUCACCGGCAGAGGGGGCAGACAAGGCCGGCCAAUGGAGGGUUUAGCUGCAUCGCACAUCUACCCCGUUGCCCAGCUGGGAAACUGGAUGCAACAGGGUCACGAACAGUGGAUCACCGAUGAUACUGAUGCCCAUAGAAUCGGCCCGAACAGAAUGUUUUCCUUGCAGAAUGGACUUCUGUUGGAAGCAGGAGUUCACGCCGCCUUUGAUGGGUUUAGCUUUUCGAUUAACCCUGAUAAGGGCUACCGGGUGGUGUGCUUUGUAGAAGAUACUCUUGGAGCGAGCGGGAGGAUUUUGAGUCCUACUACCAGGAAUUGUGACAGGAAUUCUAGUGUCUCCGAUGAAUGUCUUAGGUGGCACUAUCACCAAGCGGUGUUAACCUAUAUGCGAGGCGCCGGAGAAUUAGUCUGGGAUUUAGGCGAUCAUCAUGAAAUGGGAGAUAUGGAGGCUUUGAUCGCGCGAGAAGAUGCGGCUGAGGCUCUAGAGGCUGAAUUUGCGAUGAGGUUAAUGCCUUACGUUGAAGCUAAAUGA